GGCAUUCAAAAAUGCUGCAUGACAUCUUACAAGCUGUCGUCGUAAUCAACACUAUUUCGUGAUAUAAACCAGAGAAUGUCCAAAAAUAGUGUGCAUCCACGAGGUCAUUGGCCACCAGCCAAAUUCGAGGGCACGGCCAGGUCGACGGCCAUUUUCAAUUGUAUAUCCCAUGUCUUUUCGUGGCGGAGCGCGAGGCGGCGGACGUGGCGGCGGACGCGGAUUUAGCGGUGGCCGUGGGGGAGGCCGUGGGUUUGGCGGUCGCGGUGGUGGCCGCGGCGGCUUUGAAGAAGGCCCGCCUGCCACGGUCGUAGAACUCGGCGUGUUCCUCCAUGCGUGCGAAGACGAAAUGGUGUACAAAUCGACCAGCGACAAGGUGCCGUACUUCAACGCGGGCGCAUUCUUGGAAAACAAGACCAAGAUUGGCAAAGUUGAUGAGAUCCUCGGUGCGAUCAACGACGUGAUGUUCACGGUCAAGCCCGAUGCCGGUGUUACCGCCAAGUCCUUCAAGGCCGGUGACAAAGUGUACAUUAGCCCAGACAAAUUGCUGCCCCUCUCCCGAUUCACGGACCAAGGCAAGAGUUCUGGCGGUGGACGCGGCGCUGGUGGCCGUGGUGGUCGUGGAGGUGGCCGAGGAAGCGGCCGUGGUGCUGGAGGACGAGGCGGUGGCCGCGGCGGUGGCUUUGGCGGAGGACGUGGCGGCGGACGCGGAUUUAGCGACUAA